AUGGAGCGUGCUAAGAACAAGCGGGCGUCGCGUCGAUCCCAGAGUGCGAGGAUUGUGAAUGAGGUAAAUCAGAUCGUACAGUCAGACCAGCUUGAGCUAUCGACGCUUCACGUCCUCCACAGCCGGUUAAAGGCGGUCCAGACGGAGUUAGCUGCGCUGAACGCCGAGUUGGAAACCUUCCUGACAGACGAGCAGGUGGCAGAAGACUACGAUUCCGUCAUGGAAUAUGAAGACGCUGCUACCAGUGCUUUGGCCCUGCUCGAACACCACAUGAACAGGCUCAAGGUCUCCUCACCGGCUUCGACGGCGCAUCCGCCUGCAACCUCUACUGGGGAGGACCCACCAGCGACCUCAGAGAGGGAACCGACGCGACCUCAACGUGAGCUUGGUGCACGAUUGCCCAAGUUAGAACUUUUGCGCUCUGACGGCAGUUUAACUCGAUGGCAGCCGUUUUGGGAUAUGUUCCGGCACUCCGUACACGAUAACCCGAGCUUGUCCAACACAGAUCGGUUCCACUAUCUUGUGUCCUUACUCGACGGGCCCGCUACUCAAGCCGUCGCCGGAAUUCAGGUCACAGAUUCAUCUUACCGCGACGCACUUGACCUAUUAAAACAAAGAUUUAGGAACGCCAAGCUAAUCGAGCACAAGCACCUGGAGAGGCUCCGCACACUAAAACCCGUCAGGUCGUCGAGCGACGUAUCAGACUUGCGGAAGCUGUACGACGAAGUACAAACGUCCUCGGAGACGGGCAAUCCUGGGAAUUGGUCGUUCCCAUCGUCCGAGCAGCGGAUCCGGGCAGCUGAGCCACCGUGGAGCGCAGAAAUCACCGUCCCGGCUGCCGAGAGGACUCUGCUGCCAGUGGCUAGCCACGGCACGAGCCCGGGUGCCUACCGCCAGAUUCCACGCUCGGUACGUGGGCAGGAAGGUGGCCAGCCGCUUGUCAAGGCCAACCCCUCCGGUAACCUCUGCGCCGACUCAACCCAUCGUCCGCUCCACAAGCGCCGUCACCGUCAACGUGUCACGACGACUCCGCCGCCCGAGCCACCACCAGCGAUUCAAAACCGGUGA